AAGGUCAUUAAUAUACAGACACAUGUGCAAGCUAGCUAGCUAGCUAGCCAGUACUGAAGUUAUAGCUCACUCUUAUAUAAUUAUAGCUAUCAAGAUGUUUGAUGAGACUACAUUCAACUACAGUGUCUACAGGACAACAGUUACCGUAGUGCCCUUAGUGGCUCUGUCUCUGAGUCUAGUUGGAACCAUGGUGACAGCAUACGCUAUUGUCUUAAUGUGCUGGCCAUUCAGGAAAAUGCUCGACUCUUGUGCUCACAAGAAAGGAGUAAGAAAGUUCUUAGCACAAGUUGAAACUGAAGGUGGGAAGCUGCCGUGUUGGACGUGUAUUUUCGGUGGACUAAAGUUGAUUUACGGUAAAGAAAUUGAUGAAUUAGAAGCAAAAGGAAAGCCGACUAUAUACUCGAUAUGUGGUAGACACGUGCGACCAUGGUUACUGGCGUUGCUGUUUCUAGUGGUCAUGUUCGUAUGCACUUGCACUUUAAUUGCCUUCUGGAACGCAUUUUUAGUCGACGAAUCGAUGGCCUGCAAUCCGAACAUGGACUGUUUCGCAAUAAACUCCACCACUUGGAAGGCAAAAACAGAAAAUCCGCUGAUCAACUGUACUGAUUACGAGAACGACUACACUAUACAUUGCUACAAGUUCGUAUUCAACUACGCCGGUGCCCUUGGCAACGCAGGGGGCGUGCUUGUGCUAGCAUCUGUUAUAAUGAACGUGCAAGCUGGGCUCUGGGUGGGUGCUAGUUCACAAGAGGGUAAGGUCGGUUGGUGGUGUGGCGUCAUCGCAGUAACUACACUCAACAUAAUAUGCAGUAUCGGACUUCUGGCUACACCGAUAUUAGUCUUCUCUGUGCCACUGUUAAGAGACACGGUUGUGAACACGAACAGAUCCCAAAUACAGUUUUUUACGUACUGGUCAACUUUCAUGUGUGCUUUUCUUUUCUCUGGACCAAUUUUGAUGGUAUUUUCGAAACGACUCAAAAACGAGACUACAAUUUUCGGUGAAGAGCAGUACGUGAGUACAGUUAAUAGUCGAGGGAGUGUUUUAGGAGAGGAAACGGGAGGAGAUAUGGAAUGGAAACAUUUGAAUCCGAAUUCGGCACAUCGUAGCUACUCCCAAGUAUAAUUCAGAAACUCUAAUUUUGUGUUUUUGUGUAUCGUGAAUUGUGAUUAAAACCACCUUACUGUGAUAAUACGUGCAACCAUUA